AAAGGGCGGAAGCAUUGCAGGCCUGGAAAGCAAGGGUCUGCCCCCUCUCGAUAAGCGGGCCCAGAUAGGCUCGCGUCAUUGGAUUGCGGUUGGUGGAGCCGUGAGCUUGGGGCAACGCAGCAGGGGUCCACUGUGCCCACCAGAAGGUGCCACACUCGGACAUCACAGGUCCCGGUAAUGCUUGCGCCACAGCUGGAACCUUUGGAUUGGUGAUGACACGCGGCAUAAGCCUCACCCAGCUCGAUCGGCACAGCACCCACCACCAAGAAGGACACAACUCUGCGACGACCGCGGCCACGACGCACCACCACGAUCCAACCCCAACCCUCCCCCAACGUUGUCGAUACCUGCCCGACAAAACCUCCUCGCCGCGGCCAAAACACACUCAUCGAAAGAGGGCGCGCAAUACGGCCUUCUGUCGAUUGGAAGCCCCAGCUCCGCGCCCCGGUUUCCUCCCACCAAGCUCGCUGCCCGCCCCCCCCGGCCCGCCGCCGCCGCCGCAGCACGCGCCCCGGCAAGACGAGCAGGCUCCCGCCAACGGCGCAUCAUAAACCUCGGCCACAGAGUCAACGCCCGACGGCGCACACGACACCACCGCCCGCCAUGAUGGAGGCACAGCAGCAGCAACCCGCGCCAGGCUCCCUGAGCUGGAAGCUGAGCUCGCACCCCAUCACGCUCCUGACCUUCCUGGCCUUUCGAGUCGCAAGUCUGCUCGUGUACCUGUUCGGCCUCUUAUUUACCGAUAACAUGGUCAUGAUCUUCAUCAUCACCAUCCUCCUCCUCGCCGCCGACUUCUACUACCUCAAGAACGUCGCCGGCCGCCGCCUCGUGGGCCUGCGCUGGUGGAACGAGGUCGACCCGCAAUCGGGCGAGUCGCACUGGGUCUUUGAGAGCAGCGAGCCCGGCACCAAGAUCAUCAACCCGACCGACAGCCGCUUCUUCUGGCUUGCCAUCUACGCCCAGCCCUUGCUCUGGGUCGCCCUAGCCGUCUUGGCCGUGAUCCGGUUCAAGUUCAUCUGGCUGCCACUCGUCGCCAUCGCGCUCGUCCUCACCAUCACAAACUCGCUCGCCUUCUCCCGCUGCGACAAGUUCAGUCAGGCCUCCAACAUCGCCGGCAGCGCCUUCUCGACCGGCAAUAUCGCCACCAGCAUCGCCACCGGCAUGGUCGGCAGGUUCUUCUCAAGGUGAUACCGGUACCUUCACUUCGCUUGAUGUUUGCGCGAAGAAAGGGGGCAAAGUUGCAGCACGCUGCUAUCGUUGGCUCCACGUGUGUCUCGAUGAGUGGCGGAAAAGAAUAUGUACACAAAAACAAAUCAUCGAAUCUCCUUGUUAUUUUUGGUUACAAUCAGGGUCUAUCACUGUAUUCUACCGUAACUUGGCAUUGACCUUUUGCUUUCUUGCCCUUCCCCCGCUUUCGUUUCUUCCAUGUGUUCCCCAUGGCUAUUGUUUUACCAAUCUAUUAGCGGUAAAAAAAAAACUGGUAGGACAGGGUUUUUUUUGGGGCCAAAAAAGUCCAAAAUAUCUAAAAUUGCGGCUCCCUCACCAUCCCAA